CUCUCUCUCUCUCUCUCUCUCUCUCUGUGUGUGUGUGUAGUUUGUGUAGUUUGUGUAGUUUGUGUGUGAGAACUCUCUCUUAUCUCUCUCUCUCUCUCUCUUGUCCCAUCAAAUUCCCUUCUUCUUUCAAUCAACGCGUUUUUUUUUAUUGUUUUUUUUUGAUUGUUGUUGUUUUUACUUUUUGGUCAGACGCUCAGUCUGCCAGUUGUUUAUUUUAUAUUCCCACUCUUUGUUUAUUCCCACACUCUUCUUUCUACUCGAGAGCAUCAUCAUGCUCGUUUCCUGCAUUUCCCACUAGAUACAGCCAUGGUCAACGUGCAACAACAACAAGAACAGACGGCUGCGGGUCUUGCCUCAGUCGCUGUCGUCAAGCCAGUCCCUUCCCUCUACGAACGCAAGUAUGGCGCAUACGGGGCUCAGCGCUUUUCGCCCUUGCUUCAUCACUCGAGUGACCACCGGCGUCCACCCGUCGACAAGGACGUAGGAAAGGAACGGAGCAAGCACCUGGCUCAAAAGGCUGCCAACAAGUGUGCAAACUGUGGCACAAUGUCUACUCCACUAUGGAGGAGAGGACCCAAGGGUGAAGUCAUUUGCAAUGCUUGUGGCCUCUAUUUAAAGGCGAGAAAUACAUAUCGUCCGACAUGGCUCAAGCAACGCCGCCCGAAAAAGGAGGGAGAUUCUGCGCAGGCCGCACCACCACCAUCAUUGACAUCGUCCAACAACCAUACCAUUGAGCGGGCGCCCACCUCUUUGGACGCGCUCGUCACCAUUGCACAUUUGACCACCCAUAUUCCCCAACUCGUCCCCGUCAAACAAGAAGAUGGUUUGCGUCCAAACGUCUCGACUCCAUUUAUGGGCGACACGUUGCCCGAUGCGCACAUUAAGCAGCAGCAAGGAUGUCACUCUGGUCUUGGCAGGCCUCCCGGACCCGGCCGCGAACACAUGCAGUGCAUCAACUGCAGUACGACAAGCACUCCUCUUUGGAGGCGCGACGAUAAAGGCAAUGCCAUUUGCAACGCCUGUGGAUUGUACUACAAGCUCCACCACACUCAUCGCCCAGUGACCAUGAAGCGGGCCGUCAUUAAACGUCGCAAGCGCGUGACACCCAACUCGGGUGCGGUCCUGUCUCCGUACGAGACAAGUUUGUGGUCCUCAAUUGACGCUUCUGCUGAUCAUGGAGCACCAGCGAGUGCGGCAGACGCGGAGCACCGUCGCAGGGACACGCCUCCCCAGCAGCAGCAACAACAGCAACAACAACAGACGAGCGAGGGCAGAUUUGUACUUCCUCCCCUCAAAUCGAUUUUACCCAUGGGACCCAUGGCACUGGACGCGUCUCCCGCGUCAUCGACAUUGUCAUCUUCGUCGCCUCCGGCGAUGGACGCUCCUUUGGUCGAUGGGUCCUUGUCGUUCCGCAUGUUACCUUCACCGUUUGCCAAUCCGCCUCCCGCCGCGGCGAGGUCACCAUACCCAACCUCCCCCGCCACACAGCAUGAGCCUAUGACCGUCAACUCUGGACUCAUCCAGCACACAAGGGCCGAACUCGUGAAUGAGAUUGACCGCCUCAAAACGCUUUUAUCGCACAAGGCUGGUAUUUUGGUGGGGUUAGACCAGGCUGAACGUUUCAUGGACCAACAUGCUCCCCAGCCGUUUGGAAACGAGACGGUCCGACUUCCUCCCAUUCGUGAGGCGUUUGAUUUACAGCGACAUGAAGGGUUGGAGGAUGCUGAAGCAUCUGCGACGCAAGCGCUCAUGUCGUUGGCGACUGGGGCGGGAAUGCGUUGAUGCAGUUUUUGGCUAGAAGUGUGUUGACGUUGUAUAUACACUUGUGGGUGUAUUGUUUUUGUACUAUUGGUGUGUUGUUGUGUGCGUUUAUGAUGAUGAUGCAUGUGGAGACUUUUCAAAACCACCAUGCAAUUCGUGCAAAUGUUUCUUUUCUGUUGAUGCUGUCCUUUUUAUUGGUACUUUUGCAGAGUUGGGUGGGAUGGACCCUAUUUGAUCUUUGGCGGCUUUGCAGGCAGAAAGUGCAGACAAAUACACUGGCGUGGAGUGGAACCACUUGGGUACUGGCGACAACCAACGUAUGUAGAUACAGCUACUGGACCCACUAGGCAAUACAUAACGGUUGAUCUAACCGGGUAAUUGUUGUCAAAGGGGGCCCUGAUAUGCUCAGUACAAGGAGCUUUUUACACCCGUCUAGCAAAA